CCUUAAUUUCGACGUACAGAAAAAACAAUUGAGAUAGCUCAAAUAUGCUGCUUCUGCAUUAGAACAGCCUCCAAAAGAAUUUCUGAGCCUCUGAGAGUGUUUGCCAUCUUCAAGUUGGGAGUACAAAUAUGUCAAUUGAAGAAGGGUGCUCUGUUCCCAAAGAAGAAACAAGACGACGCAGCCCCUCUGUUCAUAGAACAAGCGGUUUCGAUCCAAGAACUGGAAUCUUCAACUCUCUCGUCGAACUUAAUGAGCCAAAAAUCCUGACCGAUCCUAACCUCGACGUUGCUUCGUGCGUGCUCUCGCAAUUCCCACAUGCUCUUGCUGAGUCGCGUAUCGCACUGAUUGAUGCGGCCACAAACUGCCAGAUCUCAUAUGCACAUCUCUACCGCUCCAUCAGAUCGCUCGCCUAUGGAUUGUAUCAUGCAGUCGGGGUCAGAAAAGGCGAUGUGGUCUUCCUGGUGGCACCGAACUCGCUCCUUUACCCGACUAUAUGUCUUGCCAUACUAUCGGUCGGUGCGAUUCUCACUCCAGCUAAUCCGUUAAAUACCACACUGGAAAUAGCUAAGCAAGUGGCUGAUUCCGGAGCUAAGCUGGCAAUAUGUGCACCGGAAGAGCUACAUAAGUUGAUACCAACCAAGCUUCCUACUAUGCUAACAACCAAAACAUCGGAUGGCACUUUGCUUUCUGUGGAAGAACUCAUAGAAUGCUGCGACCCAAUUGAUCUUCCCCUAGAAAGGCCGACUCAAACGGAUACUGCGGCUGUCCUCUACUCCUCAGGAACCACUGGCACUAGCAAAGGCGUCGUAUUGACUCAUGCGAACUUGAUAUCCGUCAUCUCGCUACUAAAAUGGUCAGUCAGUGCAUCCUCGUCCCAAGACGACGUGUUCCUAUGCUUCAUCCCUAUGUUCCACAUUUAUGGGCUUGCUUUCUUCGUGCUCGGGUUGUUCUGCUCAGGAAUCACUACAGUUGUGAUGCAGAGAUUCGACUUCCAGGCCAUGCUCGAUGUCAUUAAAGUGCAUCGAGUCAACUACAUCCCUGCGGUGCCCCCAGUGAUUCUUGCACUCGUGAAGCACGCCAGUAACAUGAAAUGUGACCUCUCGUCACUUCGAAGAGUGGGUUCUGGGGCAGCACCACUGAGCAAAGAGGUGACUGAUGGGUUCCGAGAGAAGUUCCCAUGGAUCGAGCUGAGGCAAGCGUAUGGGCUAACCGAAACAUGCGGUGCAGCCUCUGUUUUUGCAUUGGAUGAGGAUGCAAAGGCCCAUCCUGGAUCUUGUGGGAGUUUGCUACCACACUUCUCGGCCAAAAUUGUCGAUAUCGAAACCGGGUCACCUUUGCCACCUAACAAGGAGGGAGAGCUGUGGCUGAGAAGUCCUACAAUAAUGAAAGGUUAUCUGCAGAACGAGGAAGCAACGACUGCGAUGCUAGAUCCUGAAGGGUGGUUGAGGACCGGUGAUCUCGGUUAUUUCGAUGAAGAUGGGUUUCUUUACAUUGUUGACAGGAUAAAGGAGCUGAUCAAGCACAAUGGUUAUCAGGUUGCUCCUGCAGAACUGGAAGCUCUACUACUCAGCCAUCCUCAGAUUGUUGAUGCAGCUGUCAUACCAUUAGAGAAUGAGGAAGCAGGACAAGUACCAAUGGCAUAUGUAGUUAAAGCAUCCGGUUCGGAACUUACUGAGAACCAAGUCAUUCGAUUCAUUGCUGACCAGGUUGCGCCAUACAAGAAAGUGAGAAGGGUGGGGUUCAUCAGCACCAUUCCAAAAUCUGCUGCGGGGAAAAUCUUGAGGAAGCAGCUGAUUUCACAAACCCAACAACAACUCAAUUCUAGAUUGUGAAGUAAUGAAGUUAGAUGAUGAUUGCCAGUGUGUUGAAUUAAGAGAAAGAACUCCAGUAGUUAUUCAAGAUCUAGCUACGGUCUUGAGGCUUUACCAAUAAGGAGUUCAGUAUGCAAUGUAGCUCGAAAGUAUCCAGUAUUUCAAGUCUCUCUUGUCUUCCGAAGUAAUAGCAAUCGAUAACUAUUAGUUGUCUGUCA